UACUCCUACUUCCGGGGGUUUUCCGAUAAGGAGAAUCGAAAACGAAAAUAGACACGGAGAAUAAGUUAUAAAACAGAAAACAUGGGAGGGUCUUAUGCAAAGGAAGCAGAUCAUGUUCUUAAGAGUGACGUUGAAAGAUUAAAGAGUUGUAUGUAUAAUCAUGAAUGUAAUGUACAUAGCAUAGAAGCUAGUGUAAAAGCGCAAGAUGCCUCAGCACAGUUACUAGCUGAAUUGCAGAACACCCCUGGAAGCAAUGUCAGCGGGACGUUGGAGAAAACUGGGGUUAUUCUGAAUUCCACGCAGACUUCAUUGAGCAAUCAAGUAGGUGCUUUAUGUGGAAGUUUUAUUAUACUUGAUAAAUGUAUAGAAGACAUCUCAAAACGCUACAGCUACGAAACAGAAUCGCCGCCUGGAAAUACAGAAAACAGAAACACAGGAAGUCAGAUGCCAGCGGCAUCAAAACAGGUCAGCCACGUGCAUACAUCCAAACGAUCAAGCUCUAAUGAAAGUUUAAAGAAGGAUGCAACGUCAAGAGAUGUUGAUAAAGAUGAAAAAAUAAAAUCGUUAAAAGCGGAAAACGAAGCUAUUUCUUCAAAUAUCAAUAAAUUGCAAAUGUCGUUAAAAAGAUCGGAGGACAAAGUUAAACAACUUGAAUUGGAAAUUAAUACAUUGCUGAAUUUUAAGGAAGAGGCACGUCAUGCUAUACAUGAGAAAUAUGAAUUGGAAAAGAAGUACAUAAAAUUAGAAAAUGACAAUAAGCGUCUGAAUACUGAAAUACUAAGUCUUAAGCGCAAAACUGAUGCAAUGGAUUCCCUCCUGUCAAAGCUUGAUCGAUCGGAAAAUGACAAAAGAUUCCUAGAACGGACUUUAGAGCAACUGAGGCGACAGGUUUAUGACCUCGAGGAAGAGAAACGAAAAGUCAGGGAAAGAAAAAAGAUUGUUCCAGUUCAACUGUUUUACCAACGAAAAGAUGAUUUGAUGGCGUUGGUUGUAAACGAGCUAUCUAGUAUGCUUGACACACAGAUGCAAACGAAGGGUAUGCACCUGGAAAUUAUCAGAUGUGAAAACAUUGCAAACAUACAACCUGACAAGCCUAUCCUUGUGUUGUGUAUAAACUCUUCAAGACUGGGUACAGAUGCUAGUACUGCAAUUGAAGGUGUUCAAAGGUCUGAAUGCACAGCGUUGUUGAUCUUUCACCACAAGAACAUUCAUGCUUUACCUAACCAGCCAAGUGACCGCAUGCUGACUUCAUCGGAAUUCAAGCAACUUGGUUGCAUAGUUGAUUUGGCAUUCCUAACUGGCAAAGGAAUAUAUACAUGUGACAUGAAUAAUGUAGCGUUAUCUUACAUUGAAGGCUUUCUACAAAGGAAUUGUCCUGCCAAGUAAUACCUUUGACAGUGUUGCUAUUCAAAACACUCCUUUUGAGACAGAAGCUAUCCGAAACAUUGUGUACUGUAAAUUAUAAAACAUGUAGAUAUGGUUAAAAUGAAUAAUUUUCACAUUUACUACUUCUUUUUUUGUUUUCAGAGAUUCUUUUGCAUAAAUUAAAACAUUCGAAAUCAAUGUGAUCAAGAAAUUUGAAAAGGAAUGAAUGAGUUUCUACAUAAUAAUUAAACAUUUCUAUACAAAUGAAAUGAAUACCCAAUAUAAAAAAAUGCAAUUAUUAUAAAUGUUGUGUAUGUUGAUUGAUAGAAUUAUCAGCAAUAUGUAUUGCGAGGUAAAAGGGGUGGCGCUUAGAUAAACACGCUUAGCGAUUCUGAAGUGAAAAUAUUUAAUAUGAUUUCAAAUAUUACCAAUACUACUUAUCAAUAUUGAGAACUGUGUACCGCUUGUCUGGAAUGUUCAUGUCAUUUUGCUGUUUUUAAUGAUACUGUAAUAAUUUGCUCUAUAAAUGUUAUAUUUUCAACUUCUGAUAUUUACUCAUCCAUUAUUCAUUUACAAGCAACUGAUAUUGUAAAGCGUUUAAUAGUGAUAUCAACUGCUAAAAUAGUUGACAACAAUGUGCAUUCGGUAUCCUGAUGUUCUUGCAAGUCUCAUUUGAUAUUUAAUAUAUAGAACUGAGUUGCUUUUGUAGAAUUAUAUUAAACCAUCAUCCCGUCUACACAGGCUAAUGUCAAAGAAAUAAUGGCAAAUUUACACAAUGAGGACAAUAAUUCACCAUUAAUUUUCACAAUUUGAAAAAGCAAAAUUGGGCCAAGCAUUUUACUUUUGCUAUAAGGUUUAGAGUGUUUCAAGCCUUGAGGAAUGGCAUUGAUUAAAUAAUGGUAUUGUUCAAAUAAAUGUUAUCGUUGUACAUGCAUACUUGCCAAUGACUUAUAAUUUAUCAAAACAGAUGGCGAAUGUUAACCAUUUUGCAGUAUGUUCUGUUUAUGUAGAAAAAAGAAGCACAUCAACAAUUGCAUCUUUAGUUAGACCACAUUGAUUUAGUAUGCUAUGAUGUUUACAGUAGGCUUGUGGUUAAAAUAAAGUGUAAUAAACUUG